AUGUCCCAUAUUCCAAAUGUCCUUCAAGUCAAAUCAUCCGCCAGUCAUCUCAAGCCCGGCAUUAGCAAAGCCGCAGUGGAUCGUUUCAUCGAAGGACUAUCCGAGGACUUGAAGCCCUUUAGAAUGCGACCUACCAAGAAGAAUCGUCUUCAAUUAUCAGAUCGAAAUGUUUUGCAGGAAUGGUUUGGCCGUUUUAAGACCGCGACAGAGAACGUUUGCCCCGCUAACAUCUAUAAUUUCGAUGAAACCAAUUUUCAGAUCGGCCGAGGAAACAGAGUGUGA